AUGAAGGAUCUAGAAGACAUCAUCAUCUACAAUCAAUUAACCCAACAAAAUCGUUUAUACCAGUUUUUAGCCGGAAUCAAUGAGUCAUUUGACAAAGACAGACGAGAUCUUCUUCUUUUAGACCCACUCCCAACAGUGGAGGAGGCCUAUGCUAGCAUAAGGAGGGAGGUAAUGAGACGCCACAUCAUGAAGAAAGAACCCUCAUCAGAUCUUGACUCACUGGGCACAGGUGGGACUUUCUCAGCCAAAGGGAAAACUUAUCGGAGGGAUGAUGAAAAAACUCACUUAAAAUGUACCUACUGUGGUGCUACUAGGCACACAAGAAACGAGUGCUUUAAACUCGUGGGUUACCCGGAGUGGUGGCCGGAUACCAAGAAAAGGGGAGAAAGAAGACCGGCUCAAUUUCUAGAUCGACAUCGGACGGGAAAGGCAGCCGUAGGAUGGAGCACAGAAGAUCCAGCACCAAUGGAAGAAGGGGAGAAACAAGGAGAAGCCAUGAAUGUGACAGACUCCAAGAAAAACGAGGAAGAAGGUACCAGAAGCAGAGAAGGAGGCGCCCUCACCUUAGGGUUCAGGGGAGAGGGUGAGAAAAGAGGGAGAGUCCCUCCGCCUUUUAAAGGGGAGAAAGGGUCACGUGGCUACUCUCUCCUAUGCCAAAACUUUUCGUCCUCUUUUAAUACAUUGUCUUAUUUUAAAGGGGGUUGGAUCUUUGAUUGUGGUGCCACCGAUUCAAUGUCAUAUGACCCGAGCGAUUUUUUAACUUGUGACAAACCCAUGAAAAACAUCAUUAAAACAGCUAAUGGGGAAAAAGUUGAAGUGAGCGGAGCUGGGACUAUUUCUUUUACAAAAAAUCUCACUUUAAAAAAUUGUUUAUUUGUCCCUGACCUGUCACAUAAAUUAUUGUCGGUAAGCCAGCUCACUAGAGACCUCGAUUGUACUGUUCUCAUUAAACCUGGAUGUUGUUUUGUGCAGGAUGCCCAGACAGGGAAAAUUAUUAGGCAUGGUAUUGAGAGAGGUGGAAUAUAUUACUUGGAAGAGGAGACUAAAAAAGGCAAAGCGGUUCUUGUUCGCGAAUCAGAGGAAGGACAACUAUGGACGUGGCAUCGAUGUUUAGGACAUCCAUCAGUAGGGUAUCUAGAAAAACUUUUUCCUAAUUUUGUAGGGUUGAAAUCUAAGUUUAAGUGUGAAACUUGUAUUCUUGCAAAAAGUCAUAAACACUCAUAUUCUUAUAGUUUGAAUAAAGUCGAUAUGCCUUUUAUGUUGGUUCAUUCUGAUGUGUGGGGUCCUGCUCCCGUAGUAGGCUUACAUGGGUUUUCAUACUUUGUUAUGUUUAUUGAUGAUUGCACCCGAAUGAGUUGGAUUUACUUCCUUAAACAGAAAUCUGAAGUGUUUCAUGUGUUUGUUGAAUUCUAUAAUAUGAUCUGUACCCAAUUCCAAACCCAACCCCGCAUGUUCCGAACUAAUAACGGGAAAGAAUACAUUAACUCUAACAUGCAACAAUUCUUUAAACAAAAGGGACUUAUACAUCAGACCUCUUGCCCUAAUACACCUCAAAAAAAUGGAGUGGCAAAACGAAAAAAUCGCACAUUUCUUGAGAUGACCCGUGCUAUGAUGCUUGAUUCCCAUGCUCCCACUAAUCUUUGGCCUGAAGCUAUCGCCACCGCCAACUACCUUACCAAUAGACUUCCCACAAAGAGUCUUCAAUACCAUACACCCUUAGCCACACUCCAAACCCAUUUUUCUGUACCUUCCUCACACACUCUACAUCCUCGUAUAUUUGGGUGCAUAGUUUUUGUUCAUUGUCCAGCUCGGGUACGAAACAAAUUUGAACCAAGAGCAAUCAAAUGUGUUCUUAUCGGAUAUGGGGAGAAGCAAAAUGACGAUCUCAAAUGGUUAGUCACUCCGUUGUUGUCUAACCUAGACCCAAAAGAUCAAGUAGACGAUGCUACAGAGCCACCUCACCAAGAUAUUUUGUCCACUCGUCUGCCACUCCCAAUCCUGUCUGGUCAUCAGGUGAGUCAUGCAAAUCUUGAUAGUAUUGUUCCAGAAGACACUAAUAAUGAAAAUGUGAUUAUUGACACUUUGAAUGAUGAAAAUGUGGUUGUUGACACUUUGAAUGAGGAAAUUGUCGCAGAUACAAUUGAAACAGGGAAUCAUGAUAGUCAAAGUGUUGAUAGUGAAUCAUAUGUUUUACCCCCUCAUUCCACUCGAGGAGUUCCUCCAAGGAGAUAUGAUCCAGAGUAUGAAGCAAAACGUUCGAGAUAUCCCUUUAAGAAGUCUGACACAGGAAAUUUGUCACGGAGUGCCUUAGCAUUUAAGGCAAUCCUAGAUGCAACCAAAAGCUCGACCACGGUCGAAGAAGCCCUAACUUCCACUCACUGGAGAAAAGCUUUGGAGGAAUAG